UUAGCGAUAAAUCAUAGUUGAUCUAAAUAAUAUAUAUAGAUUUCAUGUGUAACAACAUAUUAAUUUAAAUAAAAUAAUAUUUCUCUAAUUUUGACAAAAUGAUUACUCGUCAAAAUUCACGAAACUCUUUAAAACUGGAGAAUAUUCAUAAAAAAACGUACGAAGAAGAGAAAUUUGAUAUUGCAGCAUUACCAUCAAUAAUAUUUAAAGGAAAAAUAAACUUCUCUAACAACUUUCAUGAUUGUGCCAAGAUUUGUGACAACAUUAUAGAAGAGAUUGAAAAACUUGAAGACAACAUUGUACCGAUAGGCUUUGACUUAGAAUGGCCAUUUGAUUAUAGAACAGGAAGCAAAAAGACAGCGUUAGCACAAAUUUGUCUAAACGAAUCUGUUUGCCAUCUGUUACAUUUAUAUAAUUUAUCAAAGUUACCAGCAGCUUUUGUGCAACUUUUAAUUCAUCCAAAAGUUAAGCUUGUUGGCGUUAAUGUUAAAAAUGAUGUAUGGAAACUUGGAAGAGAUUUUUCUGAAUUUCCAGCCGCAAGAGCAGUAAAAGAAAACUGCAUUGAAUGUGGUCCGUUUGCAAAUAAGAUUCUAAACCGUUCCUGUCGUUGGAGUUUAGAAAACUUGACUGCCUAUAUGUUAAAAAAGAAAAUUGAUAAGAAUCCAGAAGUAAGAAAAAGUAGAUGGCAUAUUCAACCUUUAAAUGAAGCGCAAAAAAUAUAUGCAGCCACAGAUGCCUAUCAAUUAAAGACAGGUCUUAUGAAAAAGAGGAGUCUUGUGAAAAAGAGGAGUCUUAUGAAAAAAAGGAGCCUUGUGAAAAAUAAGAGGAAUAGUUGUAAAUUUAUUAAUGAAAAAAAUAAGAAAAAUUUGUAUUAAAUACUAUUUUUUUACUUAGUUAUAUUAUUUUUAAAUAUGAAUUAAGUUUAUUUGAAAAUAAUCUCAUAAUGCGGACUAACGUUGUUAAAGUAUUAUGGACAGGAAGAUUAAAAUAUGGUCCUAGUGUAAGACUUCAAAAAAUACUUUCCAAUUUACAUAAUAAGCAACUAAACAAUGAGACUUGUAACACAUUAUUGCUAGUUGAGCAUGAUCCUGUAUACACUAUAGGAAUUAGGAAUAAAAACUAUACAGACGAAAAUGAAAAGAAAUUAAGAAAUCUUGGAGCAGAAUUUUACAAAACGGAUAGAGGUGGUCUUAUAACAUUUCAUGGACCAGGACAAUUAGUAGCUUAUCCUAUUUUAAAUUUGAAACAAUUUAAUCCCAGCAUUAAAUGGUAUGUUUGUCAGAUUGAACAAAUGAUUAUACGCCUCUGCGCUGAAU